GAUUUGUUAGGCUGUCUCAAAGUCUUCACUCCUCCGGUGGUCCUUUUAAUAAAUACAAUAAUUGACAAGAGAACAUUAUUAUGUUAUUUGUUCACCAAGUGCCCAUCACUCACGAGCAUCCAGUGUUGCAGCCAUGGCGUCCAAUGACCAUGAUCAUCAUCAUCACCAUGAUCAUCAUCAUCAUCACAACGACCAGCAUGAAGAAGUGGCAUCAUGCGUUGGGCCUGAUGGGAAGGUGUAUCAUUCACAUGAUGGGUUAGCCCCACAUUCACAUGAGCCCAUCUACUCUCCUGGUUAUUUCACCACAAGAGCACCCCCUCUUGAUACCAGAGAUUUCAAGGAAAGAGCUUUCACUGUAGGUAUUGGGGGCCCUGUAGGCACUGGGAAAACAGCUUUGAUGCUGACUCUCUGUCAAUAUCUGCGUGACAAGUAUAGUCUUGCAGCGGUGACAAAUGAUAUAUUUACAAAAGAGGAUGGGGAGUUUCUGGUGAAGCAUGGUGCACUUCCACCUGAAAGAAUUCGUGCUGUAGAGACUGGGGGCUGCCCACAUGCUGCAAUCCGAGAAGAUAUCAGCAUAAACUUAGGACCGCUUGAGGAACUCUCCAACUUAUACAAGGCUGACUUGCUUCUUUGCGAAUCUGGAGGAGAUAAUUUAGCAGCAAACUUCAGCCGGGAGUUGGCCGAUUACAUCAUCUACAUAAUUGAUGUCUCCGGUGGUGAUAAGAUACCUCGGAAAGGUGGCCCAGGAAUAACCCAAGCAGAUCUCCUCGUUAUAAACAAGACUGAUCUUGCAGUAGCAGUUGGAGCAGAUCUGGCAGUUAUGGAAAGGGAUUCACUUCAGAUGCGAGAUGGAGGGCCUUUUGUCUUUGCUCAGGUGAAACAUGGAGUUGGAAUAGAGGAAAUCGUGCAUCAUGUCUUACAAGCUUGGGAGAAGGCCACUGGACAAAAGCGGCGUUGACCUGUCAAAGAGACAUGACCCGACUGACCCGCCACGAACGUAAUUGCCGGAUUGAAGCUCCAAAACUCCGGACUAUUUGACGUAGCCAUAUUCAACUAUGCCGGACUACUUCAGUGUAUUCGUCGGAGUGCCUGUGUUUCCAGGAAGCAUAUCGUCGGGGUGAUGCGGUGAAUCGCUGGACUGCAAAAUUUUCAGGGAGGAAACUGCCAGUUCGAUGUUCUUCACAUGCUAGAGCGCUUUUCACAAGUGCAAGAGUUAUUAUUUUACAGUGAACUACCCGGCGGCACGAGUUCACUAAAUGUCAGAGUGCAUUCUAAUGGUGUCGGAGUGCAUUUUACAAGUGCCGGAGUGAAUUCUAAAGAUGCCGGAAUGCAUUUUACAUGUGUCGGACUGCCUAUUUAAUAGUGCACUAUUCUCCGGAGUGCAUUCCAUACGAGCUGGAGUGUAAAAUUGGUAGGUUAAAAAGGGAAGGGCAAACUUAUCU